CAAUGUGGCUAAUAAGGCAAGUUGGGCUGAGAUGCAGUCAUCGCCCCCUUGAAGCCUAGCCUGGACAUUAUUGCUCCGGGCUGUGCAGGCUAGCCACGAGAUUAAACUCAGCGUUGGGUGCUGGCCAUGAGGCUCGGUUCUUUUGCGCUGCAUCGUUCCGAGCCUCCGAACCCAGGGUCAAUUGCUGUGUUUACUUUCAUCCCAUUAAUUUACUUUGCAAUUCACGAGUCGCAUCAUCAAGGAUUGUGUGAAAGAAGACCCUCGACUUCAUUACUUCGGCAUCGAUUUCUCUCUAGCCAUGGCCGGAAGCGAGGAGUUCGGCAUUUCUGUUCCGCUCAUCUUUGACCCGAAUGAGCAGGGUACGAACCGAACAUAUCUCGGCAACCCUAUCAUUCAAGUCGAGGCGAGCGGCUUCACAACCACUGUCACUGAGCAAUUUGUUCUGCACGGGCAGCUGAGCAGCUCCAACAAGGUUCCCGCCAGCCUCGUCGUGGUGCAUUUCAGUCUGCAUCGUGACACCAGCUCCAAGAAUCGACGGUUUCGCCACGUGACAGUCGGACUCACCUUCACGUCCAGCUCUGACCAGCCUGCUGAUGACCCGGCCAUCCGGUGUUUUGCGCCUGCCCAAGAUGGCAGCAUUGGGGUUAUCCUCACGACAGUCGUGCGGCAGCAACAGCACAACGCCAGCGCAUCCGCAAAGGUGGAUGCCGCGCCAGCGCCCAUCAACCUGGGGUUUUCCUACGAGUGGAAGAACCAGGCCGACUGGGACCAGCACGUGUUUGCCACGGUCAGCGCAAAGGCGAGCAUGAGCACUCGGACUCGGGAUCGCGAGGGCAACAAUGUGGUUGAAUGGACGGUUACCGAAAACGAUCGUGAGAAGCAAAUCCCCGACUCAUAUCAGCUCGCCGUUAUAAUCGAGCGCAAGAACAACAAUCCGUUCAUCGUGCAAGCUAAGGUAGACGCCUCGGUUGAUGUUUUGUAUGCUCUCAAGGAGGCGACCAAGAGGGUGAUCGGGGUCAGGCGGCCUUUCAAGACAUACGACCCAGACAAGAGGAGCGAGACGGGAAAGCUCGAGUACCCAGAGAACGCAAAGAUCGAUGGGGCUGAGUUAGGCUCGCUGGUCAGCGGGAGAGAGCUUGACAAGUAUUCGUACGUGCACAUAGUUGAGCAGGUCACACCUGUCAGUCUCUAUGGCGGGACUCAGGUGCCUACAAGCCAGCGACCUCAAGGAGAUGGUGGGAGCGGAGUCAGCGAUGCGAAGAUCACCGAAGCAUCGAGAUUAAGUCUGAACCUAAACAUAAACUUGGGCAGCGGGACGGCAUAUGGCUCGGUCGAGGAGGAAGCCGAUGAUUCGUGAAAAAAAUCUGGAAAGAACAUGGUGAUAUCACACGGUAGCAAACGAGCAGCCAAAUACCGCCUGCGAUAAUGGUUUGAUACUGAGGCAUUUUGGGCAUAUAAUAGCGCGAAUCUGUUAGCGGACAAAACAAGGAUGACGCAUCCGUUCCACUCAUGUU